GAUUCAUCAACUAUCCCCUCACGACCAAACUUGGAUCGUUUUCAGGGGAUGAGCCUUACCAAGAGGUUGAGAUGAUUGCAGAUGCUGAAUUCAGUAGGUCCGGUUUGCUUUCGUGUGAGCCGGCUCGAAUUCUGUUGGAAACAUCUGAUGCAUUCACACCGGCGUACAUUCUCACAUUGAACGUGGGCGAAGUUGGCGAAGGCGACUCUGGUGCAUGGGUUGUGGGUUCAUCCUCUCACGACGUUUUCGGCCACACGAUCGCGGCAGAUAUGUUCGGCGACGCAUACAUUGUCCCUUUGGACCAAACAUUCGCAGACAUUCAAAGAAGUCUGGGCGCAGAAUCUGUUCAUCUACCUUCUCCGCAAGACUGCACAUUCGAGCAAGUUUUCUCUGGCCACUUUCGCUCGCUGGCACGCGGUAAGGAUGUCACCUCGGCUUCUUCAACUACGGAGAGUUCGUUGUGAAACCCUACGAGUCACGCAAGCUUAGAUUCCGCCUACGCUUCGACAAGUGACAGCCUGGACAACUAUGAACUGAGCAUACGACACCGCCUGUUCGAAAGUGGCUUAGAUACAUAUAUCGCUAGUUCCGCAUUUAAUGUCGAUCUAGGAGAACAAGGAACUCUCACUUUUCCAUCGUUCAAUGUCGGCGACGAAAACACACGCCCUGAGCAGAGUGCUAAGCGGAGGCGUCUAUCAACAGGAGCCUAUGUUGAGGAGACCUUUUUCGAAAGACCAUCGCGAUGAAGCAAGAUGCGUACGACAGAGAUGGGCUAAACGAGGACGUGGGAAAGAUGCUUUGAUAACCUGAGACUAAGCAUGCUGUUUUCCUAAGAAAGAAGAGAAAUCAAGCUACUGUGCCUCCUUCUCUCAAGC